AUGGCGAUCAACGAAGCAGAACGGCCAAGCCGAACUAGAUUAAGCCGAAAUAUUGAUGGCGCUCGUGAAGAGAAACUGCGAAGUUUAAAGGCGUCAAACUCAGCGUAUCGUGGGGCUAUUACUCGAGUUCAAAAACGGAUAGAACAGUUAAUGACUGAUAGAAGCAAUUAUGAAGAAGUUCAAGCCGAAAAAGCGUCGCUGGAUAAAACGUUUAUGAGUUAUUCAAAAUGCUGUCAAGACAUUAAAGAUUGUUUGUACGAGGACGAAGUCACUGAAUUCCGUGAGAUAGCGAAAGGAUAUACUAACGUUUGCAACGCAAAGGAACAUUUAGAUCGGAAGCUUGGAGAAUGGAUAGCAAUCGCUGAUGUUGAUUUAGAGACGAAUUUUAAAGAACGCUUUGAGCCAAGCGAAUUAACGACGUUUCGCGUGAAUGAACACGAAAGGUUAACAACAUUGAACGAAUUUGCAUACCCAAACAUGCGAAGUGAUGGUCAUGUAGCCUCGGAUAUCGACAGUCGGAGAUCAAGUUUGAAUCGUGUCUCGCCCGGUAUGACGGAAUUGCAAUAUUUCAAGUCAAGAAAUGAGAUGCCUGAAUCCCGACGCAAGGUGGGUAUGAUUCGAAGCACUCAAACAAGUGUAGCAUCUGAAAGUGCGAGUAUUAGAAGAGCGAAAGCUGAACUAGAAAAACAACGGUGUAUGGAGAUGCAAGAGAUUGAACGCCAGCAACAGGCCAUUGAUCAUCAACUAGAAUUGGUGCAAAUUAAGCAAGAAAUGGAAUCGAAGCGUGCUGAGCUACAACGUAGACGUGAACUUAUAGAGCUGGAGAAUGACAUCGGAAGGGCUAAGUUGGAAGAGGAAGCUGAGAAGUUAUCGAUAAAUUACACAAAGUCAGAAGCACGAGAUGAUUCGAGAGCUGAGCCAGCAAAUCAGAGAAUUGGGCUUCGCAGGGAGCUGGCAAGGGAAGACUUAUCGGAGUUCACCAAGCCAUUAAACUCAAAAGUGAUUGAGAAACCUCGACGUGAUUCAUAUAUACGAAAGAUGGAAAAGUUCCAAUCGCAAGAAAUUCGAGUUCCUGAUUCUCAUCCACCGCAGAACGCUCCAGCUAAACAAAACGUCACAUGGUCUAACGAAUCUGUAUCUGAAGUAUCACCUCGAAGAAUCAAGCGAGAGGAAGGGAGUUAUGGUGCUGGUGAAUCUGACCCGUUGUACCGAGUUCUCCAGAGUCAACAAGAAUCAUUAAUCCUGAUGGCUAAUACUCUUGGUUCAUCGAUCAGAAGAGGGUUUGAAAUGCCAAAACGGGUCUGUCUUGGUUUCGACGGGAAUCCGAUGAACUACCCAAAAUUUAUAGAAAAUUUCAAGACUAACAUUGAAGAAAGGGAACAAGAACCAAGAUCCAGGUUAGCUUAUCUUAUUCAGCUUUGUUCUGGUAUUGCGAAAGAUGCCAUUAGUAACUGUGUGAUGUUGCCUGAUGAAGAAGGCUUCUCGAGGGCUAAAGAAAUACUCCAUAAUUCGUUUGGUCAAAGUCACAUAAUCACGCAUGCGUAUAUCGACAAAGUGACGAAGGGAGGUUUAAUUAGAGACGGUGAUAGUGAGAAGUUAUUACAGCUAGCGCGAGAUAUGGAGAAUUGUCAGAUCAACUUAACUCAACUCAACUCGGCUGCGAGUCUGAAAUUAAUGCUCAAAGCAAUCUUGAGAGAAUCGUUGCACGGCUGCCCAG